CAAGAUUCAAAGAACUUUGGAGCUUUGCUAACAGUCGGGGAGGAUAUCUGAUUUCACUCUGAUUCUGUAAUUGUGCAAGAGGGGUUCCUCAGAGGGCCGAUAACGUCUCUUCGGGGUUGAAGCCCGUCAUGGCGUCCCCGUUUUCUGCGUUCCUCUUCAUGGCCUUCGUGUUUCUCGUUGACGCCUCUCCGACGGUAUCUCCAGCUCCCGAUGUGGAAGUGGCGUCCUCGGUCUGCCCGUCCUGCGCUCUGAUGAAGAGGAACACGUCUUCAUCGGGCGGACAGGACGACAUGGUGGAGGCAGUGAAGCUUCACAUCCUCAACAUGCUGCACCUGAGCACUCGGCCCAAUCUUACACAACCGGUCCCUCGCGUUGCUUUGCUCAACGCCAUCAAGAAGCUGCACGUCGGCCGAGUGGCUGAAGACGGCAGUGUGGAGAUACAGGAGGACGGCCAGGGCCCCAGGGCCCAAACACCGUCUGAACUCCCCUCUGAGAUCAUCACCUUUGCAGAGCCAGGAGGAUCUCUGAACUCCAUGACCUUUGACGUCUCAGCGGAGGGUGGCGGCUCAGCAGCGGUGGAACAGGCCAACGUCUGGAUCUUCUUGAAGAUGUCUAAGGUAACCAGAUGGAAAGGCAAAAUGGCGCUGCAGCUUCAUAAGGAGGGUGAGGAAGAGGACUGUGUUUCAGAGAAGAUGGUGGAUGUCCAUCGCAGCGGCUGGCACACGCUCACUGUGUCGCGCAGCGUCCAGACUCUGCUGUCUGGUGGCGGCGGAUCGCUGAGGCUGCGAGUCGUCUGUCCACUCUGCGCCGAGGCCGGAGCCACGCCUUUCCUGACAUCCGGAGAGCGGUCCGGAGGAAAGGAUCAGUCUCACCGACCCUUCCUCAUGGUGGCGCUGGGAGCUGCAGAGGAGGCGACGCAGCGGCGUAUCAGACGAGGGCUGGAAUGCGACGGAAAGAUCCGCAUCUGCUGCAAACGUCAGUUUUAUGUGAACUUCAAAGACAUCGGCUGGAACGACUGGAUCAUUGCACCAUCCGGUUACCACGCCAACUACUGCGAGGGGGACUGUCCGAACCACAUGUCGAGCUUCAGCGGCUCGGCACUGUCCUUCCACUCCACGGUCAUCAACCACUACCGCAUGCGGGGCCACGGGCCCUUCCAGAACAUUAGGUCCUGCUGUGUCCCCACUCGGCUGAGAGCCAUGUCCAUGCUGUACUACAACGAGGAGCAGAAGAUCAUCAAGAAGGACAUCCAGAACAUGAUAGUGGACGAGUGCGGAUGCUCGUAAACCAGAGGCUUCCUGCAGGACAACGAGACUUCCUGCAAAGACACUGAGACUUCCUGCAAAGACACUGAGACUUCCUGCAAAGACACUGAGACUUCCUGCAAAGACACUGAGACUUCCUGCAAAGACACUGAGACUUCCUGUAGGUCACAGAGACUACCUGCAAAGACACUGAGACUUCCUGCAAAGACACUGACACUUCCUGCAGGACUCAGAGACUUCCUGCAAAGACACUGACACUUCCUGCAGAACAAAGAGACUUCCUGUAGGACUCAGAGACUUACUGUAGGACUCAGAGACGCCUGCAGGACUCAGAGACUUCCUGCAAAG